AUGCGCGCUCUGCUGCUGCUGCUGCUGCUGCUGCUGCUGGCCGCCUGCGCGCCGCCGCCCUGCGCCGCGGCCGCCCCGACGCCGCCGGGCUGGGAGCCGUCGGCAGACGCGCCCUGGUGCCCCUACAAGGUGCUGCCCGAGGGCCCCGAGGCGGGCGGCGGGCGCCUGUGCUUCCGCAGCCCGGCGCGCGGCUUCCGCUGCCAGGCGCCCGCCUGCGCGGCGCACGCCUCGGCCGGCCGCUCGCUGCGCGCCAGCGUCCUGCGCAACCGCAGCGUGCUACUGCAGUGGCGCCUGGCGCCGGCCGAGGCGCGCCGCGUGCGCGCCUUCGCGCUCAACUGCUCGUGGCGCGGCGCCUACACGCGCUUCCCGUGCGAGCGCGUGCUGCUCGGCGCCUCCUGCCGCGACUACCUGCUGCCCGACGUGCACGACGGCGUGCGCUACCGCCUGUGCUUGCAGUCGCUGCCGCUGCGCGCCGAGCCCGCCGUCGCCUCGGAGCCCGCCGUCGUCCCGGAGCCUGCCGCGUCCGCCGAGUGCGUGGAGUUCGCCGCCGAGCCGGCCGGCAUGCGGGAGAUCGUUGUGGCCAUGACGGCGGUGGGCGGCUCCAUCUGCGUCAUGCUCGUGGUUAUCUGCCUACUCGUGGCCUACAUCACGGAGAACCUCAUGCACCCGGCCUUCGGGCGCCCGGGCCUGCGCCGGCAGCCCUGAAGUGCGAGGCGCCCGCCAGACCGGGCUCUGCCUGCCCGACUAGGGUGCGGGAGGCCCCAGGCCCUUGGCCCGCUCUCCCCUCCCCGCUCUCGCUCCAUCCUGAGGAUCUCCACGCAGGGCCUGCUGGAGAUAGAUGGGGCACCGGCCGGCCCUUCCCAGAGCCUUGGAAUCACCGCACGACCUUUCCAGAUGAGCAGCCGCCUCCCAAACUCCAGCUCGGGACUGGCCCUUGGGCCUGAGUGGAGAUGCCAGCCGCGUGCAGGGCUCUCCCCGCUCUCCAGAGCCCUUGGGGGGAACCGUCAGAGCACAGAGACCCUCUUCGCAAGAGCCAUUGGCACCCCCGGGCCGACACCCUGCGCCUCCAGCCUGUGACGAGUUGGAAAAAACCAGGCUGUCGUUAUGGCUUGGUCACUGUGUGCUUUUCCGACUCAAGGGGGCCACUUGGAGCCUGUCCUCUCCCCGCCCCACCCCAAUGGGCUUAGGUAGUUCGUGCCUUAGUAUCUCGGGCCCACUGCGGGAGCCAGCCACCCUUCCAGUGCUGUCCAAGAGGGUCUGUGGCCCCGAUGCUGGCAGCUUGUGCGUGCUUCUGGCCAGAGCCCCCCUGGGGACCCUCCCUUCAAGCUUUGCAGGAGCAUCCAGUUUGGGUAAGAAGCGUCCUGCGGUGUUUCCCUGUGUGGGCAUUUGACAAGUUGGGAGCCGUGACUUAGCUCGGCAGGCGGCCCAGCGUCCAGCUGUUGUUUCCGGGGGUGAGUGUCCCCUGACCUCGGGGGGAGCUGGCAGUUCACCAGGGCUGGGCUCCCUCCCCUUCCUUUUGUGUGUCUGGUGAGGACUUUCCAUGGGGACUGGGGGUCUGAAAGCGCAGUGCCGUAUGCAGAGGGUGAAGGUUAGAUGCCAACUUGCCCAGCUGGACCUUCCACUGUGAUCUGGACCCCAAGCCUCAACCACGGCAUGACGGACAGCACCACGCCACCCCAUCCCCGAGCCAGUGGCCAGCUGCCCCGGAUCUGGCUGGGUGCUGCCCCCUGCCCUCCCACCCGCUCGCCGUGGACUGAAGGCUGGCCUUGCCCCUCUCCGGGCAGACCUGAGCAUCUUGGCCGAGGUUCCGUCCUGUGCCAGCCACCUGACGAUGCUGGGCGCUGGGAGGGGCGAAGCAUGGCUCGCCCGGCUCUGCGUGAGCCCCCGACUGUGGCUGUCCUGGACCCGACACAUCUGGAGUCACUGUGGCGAACUCCCCCUCCCCCAGCAGCCACCAGCGACCCUCACACCAGCAGCCUGGCUGGUGCCCCUGCAGCGCCCACUCCCUACCUCUCUGUCUUUGCUCUGCCCGCCCCUGGCGUGGCACUGGUGAGGCGUGAGCCUGGCGCCAGUGUCUAAAUGUCCAUCAUUCUUAGACCCAAACCACCGUCUUGUGUACUUAUUUGGGAGGGGGGAGAGAAGGGGGAGGGGGAGAGUUGAACCCCUUUUUCCCAGCUCCUCAGGCGUCAGCCCAGUGGUUGGCCCUGGACCCUUUGCAGGUCACGUGGGGUUAGCCCAGGCCGGGAGCACAGGCACCCUGCCCUUGGGGCUUGUGGCAGAGGGACAGGCAGAGUGUCUCUCAGCUGGCCUGUCCACCCUCAGAGCUUGGACAAGCAUCUUCUCCGGGGCCUGCUCUGUGGGGCGGGGCUGGGGAGUGGCACCUGCCGCAGUUGGAAAUAGCCCCGCCUCAGGAAUGACCCGCUUGAGCUGUGACAGGCAGCAGUGAGGCGGCUCCAGAAGGGCCCCCUCCCCGGCCCGGGCAUCCCCACGCGGUGCUAGAGCUGGGCGGGUGGGGGCCAGAGGACGGACCUGGGGCCCCUGUGUGUGGCGCAUACUGUGUCACCCCCUGCAUUCCCUACUGGGUCUCCCGCACCUGGGCUAGGCUGUCCUUGAGAUCCUGGAGCCGGCUGUGACCCUGAGGGGCAAACAGCUGGGGGUGGGCCAUGCUCUGAGGAGUGACUCAUCCCUCCUCCCUCCAAGGGGGCGGGGUGCAGUGAAGUGUCUAGACAGCCAGCAGGAGUGGAAGGGGUUCCAAUCCCUCCAGCCUGGCUCCCUGGGGGACCUUUUCCUCUUGCAGCUCUAGGCCACCUGUGACAGGCGCUCAGGUGUCUUCCACAAGGGUGGGGCUGGCAGCCCUGGUCCCAGGCCCUGGUGCCCUGCUGUCCAUCCUCUAGCUCCUGUGUGCAGCUGGGUUCACAACCGGCCACUGUGAAGUUCUUGGAGGCCUGCCCUGGGCCCUUCCCCCAGCCGUGCACCUGAUUUGGGGCCCUGUCCGUGGCCCUGACUGGGCUCACGCCAGCUAGAGCCACAGGCCUGUCCUACCCGCCGAUUCUCGAGGCUGGUCAGCACUGACCCGCAGCCCUCUGCUCCAGAGAUGCCUCUUCAGGGCUCUCUUCAAGGGCUUCUUGGAGGCCCAGGGUCCAGCCCAGCAGGGUCCAGUGGGGGAGCCCUGGCCUGGAGACGGCAUGGAGCUGGUGUCCACGAGGAGCACUUCUGCUCCUGAACCGUUGCCACCCCUGAAAACUGC